CAGAGUACCGAUACUCCAUAUUCCAUAUACCUUGAGUACCUGCGGAAGAACAUUCGUCACCAAUUGACGCGGAUCUCUCAUUUUAUCCUCUUUAAUCGGCUUAUAUCCAUCCAUGGGUUUCAUCGUCGGGUGCGGUCACCAAGCCUUCCUGCUGCCGAAGACUUUGUCAUCACAUACAUUGAUAUCCAUGCAUUCAGAUGCACCGAAUGA